CAGGAAAUCAUCAAAACAAAUGUUCAAAAUUAAGAAGCCGAUGUUCCGCUCACCGCAGCGCUCUGAUCUGGAUGGUAAGGAGAAAAAGGACAGAGAUAUGGACGGCAUGAGCAGCUUAGAAAGAAAAUCAAAAUCUUUAGGAAGGGAUGGCAAGCCAAAAGUCAAA